AGUGACACUAUGAAAUCAAAAAUUUGUUGGAGGAUCCUUGCAAAGUUUCCAACAUUCAUCAUAUUUAACCGGUUAGGCUUCUUGCCCAACACACCGAGCUAUUUAGGGCACAGAAAUCUCUCUGAAGAAUAAGAAAAAGGAGAAGAGAUGCCGACGAUAACGAAGCUAUGUUCCAUGGCAGAAGCAUCUGAGCACAAGACCAAGGGCGAUUGUUGGGUCGUUAUUCACGACAAGGUUUAUGACGUCUCAUCGUAUAUGGAUGACCAUCCAGGUGGAGAUGAUGUAUUAACAGCUGCCGCUGGAAAAGAUGCCACCGAUGAUUUCGAAGAUGCCGGGCAUAGCGAAAGCGCAAAAGAGCUGAUGAAGAAAUUCUUUAUUGGGGAGAUUGAUCCAACUGCCCCCACCAUCCCUAAUAAACAGGACAACCAUUCAAACCAGUCUAGCUGCAACAUAUCUCAGAAGGUCAUCGAUUUCACCAAACAGUAUUGGGUUCUUCCCGUCACCAUUGCUGGCAUCUCCGUGGUUGCCGGUUUCUUGUUCUUGCAUAAAAAGUUGCAAUAGAGUGCUAAAAGCCUCCUUCAGAGGAAUCGGAUCGGUUGGUUUAGGCAUAGUAUUACUCACAAGAUGUUGCCGAAAUUCUGCUUGUACGGUAUUACAGGGUUUACGACACUCUAAAGAGAGUAGAUUCUAUUAUUUGGCAUUUUAAUUGUAGAAUUGAAUGCCAUGACUAGUGUUUUUGCUGUGACAUUGUGGAAAAAAAACACUUUUGAGGUAU